CUCCAGCCGCCUUGCCGGGAGGAUGCAGACGCUGGGAAGAGCGAUGAGGAUGGAGGCCCGCGAGGCAGCGCCGCCGGCGGGGGCGGGCGGCUGGAGCAAGUGGGAUGAGACUGGGGCCUACCUCAUCGACCGUGACCCCACCUACUUCGGGCCCAUCCUCAACUUCCUCCGGCAUGGCAAGCUGGUGCUGGACAAGGACAUGGCUGAGGAGGGGGUCCUGGAGGAAGCGGAGUUCUACAACAUCGGCCCGCUGAUCCGCAUCAUCAAAGACCGGAUGGAGGAGAAGGAUUAUACCGUCACACAGGUCCCACCCAAGCACGUGUACCGCGUGCUGCAGUGCCAGGAGGAGGAGCUCACGCAGAUGGUCUCCACCAUGUCCGACGGCUGGCGCUUCGAGCAGCUGGUGAACAUCGGCUCCUCCUACAACUACGGCAGCGAGGACCAGGCAGAGUUCCUGUGCGUGGUGUCCAAGGAGCUGUACAGCUCCCCGCACGGGCUGAGCUCCGAGUCCAGCCGCAAAACCAAGCGCGCGGAGGAGCAGCUGGAGGAGCGACAGCAGGAGGUGGAGGUGGAGGUGGCACAGGUGCAGGUGGAGGCAGAUGCACAGGAGAAAGGUGCAGCCAACCCCCAAGGAGAACGAUUGCUAAUAAAAGCCGGUGCCUCCCGCCCGCUCCCGGCUGGAGCCCGCCGCAGAACCUGGGGUCCCGGGACGGCCGAGGGGGGCGGGCCCACCAGGGUUAGCUCAGCCGCGUGCCUGGCGCCUCACCUGCAUAACCAUCCCUUCUCUCACUUUCUCUUUGCAGCCCAGCCAUCUCAGGAUCCCGCUAACCUUUUCUCCCUCUCACCACCGCCUCCUCCUCCUCCUCCGCUUCCCGCCGGAGGUCCUGCCUCAUCUUCAUCCACCUCUUCUUCCUCCUGGAUCUCAUCUACACCCUGCCUCUUCCCUCUCUGCCCCUGUCCGGGUUUUCUCUCUGCCUGCUCACACCUCCAUCCCGGGGCUGCUGUGGUCCCAGCCUCCUGUGCCCUCCACCCAGGUGCCCCGGCCCCGCAUCCCAGAGCAUCCCGCCUGCCGCCUCCUGCACCCCUUCUGGCACCUCCCGCCUCCAGGCCCGGGGAGGAGGGGCACAGCUGCACCUCCUUGGUGCCCGCCGACCCCGCCGGGCACAUCUGAGGUCGGGCCGCCCUGCUGCAGCGCCUCACCUCCUCGCCUCCUCCUCACGUUUCCUCCUUGCAGGUUCCUGUCUGCACCCCCUCAGACCUGAGGCUGCGCUUGCAGUAAGGGCUUCUCCGGGCCCCUCGCCCGCCCCCAGCGCUGCCAUGCCUGGUUUGUAGCUUGGCAGAGCUGGAGGGAGGGGCGGAAGCCAAGAGGGUGCUCAGCUCUUCUUUUUUGGACUUGAGCCGGACUUCCGGCUGAUUUUCUCCCCUCCCCCAAGUUUCUCAGCCUAUCUUGGCCUUGGGGAUGCAGCUCUGAGAUGAGACAAAAGGGGGAGGAAAUUCUUUCCCACCUGCCCAUCAGCAUCAGAGCCACGCUGGGAAGGAGGGAAGGGAGACGGAAGCCAGGGGCCCUGACCUCAUCCCUGCACGCUCAGGAGCUUCUGCGUCACAGCCUCGAGGCACUGGGUUGCCUAUUUCUGCGGGGGUGGGAAGGACAGGCCACACUUGGAUUCCCUUGGCCUAGGAGGAGUCAGCCGGAGCUGGCUGAGGAUCGGGCUGUGGCAGAAAAAGCCCUGGCCAGGUGCCCACAAGCCCCCACUCAGUCUUAUCUGCCUGCCGUCUGACCUUGGGCAAUUCACUGUCCCUCUUUGGGCCACAGUUACCUCUAAAAUGGGAACGGACGGCUGCUCUCUGUGACCUUCUGCCUGCGACAGUGCUGACCAGCCUCUGGGCCUUGACCCGCUGGCCAGGGUCUCGGCAGAACGUGUCCUAGGCAGCCACCCCCCGGCCCAAGACAGGGCGCGGGGCUCCCGGAUGGGCGAGCCGGGGCCUCUCCCUGCUCCCCCUCCUCCUCAGCUCUGAAUCCACUUUUUCUGGGCCUCAGCCCCCCUCCUUCCUCCCAGAAAGGACCUCGUGACUCACCUGACUCUUUCUCUCUCCCUCUCUCCCCACCCCUCCCUCCCUCCAUUCCAAUCUCCUCUCUGCCCUUCUCCUGGCCCUGCACUACCCCCUCCUCACCGGCCUCGCCCUCUCAUCCUCCUCCCGGUGUUCUGACCACCCCCCACCCCGUCUCCCUGCCCCCUCUUAUUUUCUAGCUGUUACAAGCCAGAGGCACCCGGAUGUGAGGCCCCAGAUCGCCUCCAGGGACUUGGGGUUCCGUUCUGAAAUUCUUUAUUUUUGUACCACGG